AUGGAGCAGCAGGGGAACAUCUCAGAGGUGUCUGAAUUUCUCCUUCUGGGACUAUCUCAAGUCAAAGAGGUGCAGCUUUCCCUCUUCUUCCUAUUCAUAUUUUUCUACUCACUGAUCCUGCCUGGGAACAUCCUUAUUAUUGCUACCAUCUGGACAGAUGGCCACCUGAGUUCCCCAAUGUACUUCUUUCUAGCUAACCUGGCCUUCCUUGAUAUUUGCUACAGCUCCGUCACUCCGCCAAAGAUGUUGGCUGACUUCCUAAGCCACCACAAGACUAUCUCCUAUGGUGGAUGCAUGUGCCAGCUCUUUUUCUUGCAUUUCUUGGGAGCUGCUGAGAUAUUUCUACUGAUGGCCAUGGCCUAUGACAGGUAUGUGGCCAUAUGUCUACCACUGCAAUACAUGCAUCUUGUGAACAGAAGUAUGUGCUGCAUUCUGGUGGCAGCUUCAUGGACUGGAGGAUUUGUUCAUGCUAUUAUCCUUGUCACUUUGACCCAUCGGCUCUACUUCUGUGGCCCUAAUACCUUGGACAAUUUCUUCUGCGAUGUCCACCAGGUCAUCAGACUGGCCUGCACUGAUACUUCCAUGGUGGAAGUCCUUACUUUCAUCAACAAUGGGCUGGUUAUUUUGACUUCGUUCCUACUCUUGCUCAUCUCAUAUGCAAUCCUUUUGCUCAAACUAAAAACUAGUGCAACACAGGGGAUGAGCAAAGCCUCAUCCACCUGUGUCACCCACAUCAUGGUAAUCUUUGUGAUGGUUACCCCAGCCAUCUACCUCUACACACGCCCUUCAAAGCCCUUACCCAUGGACAAGCUGGUGGCUGUCUUUCAUACAGUGAUUUUCCCCUUAUUAAACCCAAUGAUUUACACAAUGAGGAACAGAGAAAUUAAGAGUUCCAUGAAGAAGUUACUCAAAAAAUGUAAGCUCUGGCCUAUAGUGUAA